GUACUGUUUGCUGUGUUGUAAUUGGUCGGCCCUGGAUCGCUUGUGUGCCGACAGAAGGGCCCAGUGUUUAUUUCAGGAGUCAUCAUGGCGCUCAGUGAGACAAUUAAAGAUCACCCGUACGCCCAUCUUAUCGACACAUUAAAAGGUGGCAGCAUCAAGUUCUUCAACCCACGUAAACUAGGCGACCCGAGAUACGACAAGCUGCCUCUAUCCGUCCGGAUCUUACUGGAGGAAGCGAUUCGCAACUGUGAUGGCUUCUACACGAAAGAGGAGGAUGUGCAGAACAUCUUGGACUGGCAGCAGCAGCAGGGGAAAGUAGAAGUGCCGUUCUCUCCAGCGCGAGUCCUUCUGCAAGACUUCACUGGUAUUCCUGCUAUGGUGGACCUGGCAGCCAUGAGGGACGCUGUGGCCAAACACGGUGUGGACCCCAAUCUAGUCAGCCCUAAAUGCCACACGGACCUCAUAGUAGACCACUCGCUACAAAUUGAUUACAGCAAAUGUGCCAUACAGAAUGCCCCAAACCCAGGUGGAGGGCACAGUUCAAACCCGAACCAGCAUCCGUCUCGUUCAACACCAGCCAGGCCUCCGUCCAGAGGGGGGUCCCACUGUGGAGGCCAGCGGGGCUCCUGCAGUAAAACUGCCUGCAGCGACCCUCCCACCUCCUCUGGCCGUCCCGUCUCUGUCCAACAGAUUGAAAACACUCCUCUCCUGUGUCCCUUCCACCUGCAGCCCGUUUCUGAAGUUGAAAUGGCUUUGAAGAACCAGGAAAUGGAACUACAAAGAAACAAAGAAAGACUUCAUUUUUUUAAGUGGUGUUCAAAAGCUUUUAAAAAUGUGAACGUGGUUCCUCCGGACGUCGGUGCUGUCCACCAGGUGAACUUGGAGUAUCUGUCUAGGGUGGUCCAUGUCAGCGACGGUCUGAUUUACCCCGACAGUGUGGUGGGCACAGACUCCCACACCACCAUGAUCAACGGCCUGGGCGUCCUUGGAUGGGGGGUUGGAGGAAUUGAGUCUGAAGCAGUGAUGCUGGGCCAACCAGUGUCGCUGACCCUACCUCAGGUGGUGGGCUGUAAACUGGUGGGCUCCAUCAACCCCCUGGCCACCUCCAUCGACAUUGUCCUUGGCAUUACAAAGCACUUGCGGCAGGCUGGAAUCUCUGGGAAGUUUGUGGAGUUUUUUGGACCAGGUGUCUCUCAGUUAUCAGCUCCUGAUAGAACCACCAUUGCCAACAUGUGUCCAGAAUACAAUGCUACCAUCAGUUUCUUCCCCGUCGACCCCAUAACUCUCAAGCACUUUAGAAAGACAAAUUUCACUGAGGAAAAGCUUGAAUUACUGGAGGCAUACAUGAAGGCUGUAAAUCUUUUCCGAAGCUAUGAAGAAUCCGUAGAAGAUCCUCAGUUCUCCGAGGUGAUUACGAUUAACCUGAGCUCCAUGGUUCCCCAUGUAAGUGGACCCAAAAGAGCCCAGGACAGAGUGGCUGUCAGCAGCAUGAAAGAGGACUUCCAGAGCUGUCUAAAUGAGAAGGUGGGAUUUAAAGGCUUCCAUAUCUCCAAGGAGAAGCAGGACAUCCAGGUUCCUUUCCUGCACUGUGGUCAGGAAUAUCAGCUGGCUCACGGUUCAGUGGUUAUCGCUGCCGUCAUCAGCUGCACCAACAACUGCAACCCGUCUGUCAUGCUCACUGCAGGGCUUAUGGCCAAAAAGGCUGUAGAAGCUGGGCUUGUUGUCAAGCCCUACAUCCAGACCAGCCUGGCUCCUGGGAGUGGCAUGGUCACUCACUACCUCAACGCCAGUGGAGUCCUGCCUUACUUCAAUCAGCUGGGGUUCGAGGUGAUCGGUUACGGCUGUGCCACCUGUGUAGGGAACACGGCGCCAUUACCAGAAGCCGUGGUCGAUGCAAUCAAAAAGGGGGACCUGGUGGCCUGCGGUGUAUUGUCUGGCAACAGGCACUUUGAAGGCCGCCUAUGUGACUGCGUGCGUGCAAACUAUCUGGCCUCCCCUCCUCUGGUGGUUGCUUACGCUAUCGCAGGCACUGUGGGAAUCGACUUUGAGAAAGAGCCUCUAGGUUUAACCUCAGAGGGUAAGGAAGUGUAUCUUCGUGAUAUUUGGCCAUCCAGAGAGGAGGUCCAGCACACCGAGGAGGACACAGUCAUCUCCUCCAUCUUUAAGGACCUCAAGAGGAGGAUGGAGAUAGGGAACACCUUUUGGAACAAGAUUGAGUGUCCAGACUCUGUGGUUUUCCCAUGGGAUCACAAGUCCACAUAUAUCCGCCCCCCACCAUUCUUCAGCAAGCUCAGUAAGGAUAUUCCUGCUCCCCAGUCGAUAGAAAACGCUCAUGCCUUACUUUUCCUCGGGGACAAAGUGACCACAGAUCACAUCUCACCAGCAGGCAGCAUUGCCAGGGUCAGCGCCGCUGCCAAGUACCUGCAGAGCAAACGACUGACGCCGCGGGAAUUUAAUUCAUACGGCGCUCGCAGAGGAAAUGAUGCGGUGAUGACCAGAGGCACUUUCGCCAGCAUCAAGCUACACAACCGUUUCAUCGGCAAACCGGGCCCAAAGACUCUGCACAUUCCCUCAACCCAGACUCUGGACGUCUUUGAGGCGGCUGAUCGCUAUCAGAGAGACGGUACUCCUCUCAUCAUCCUAGCAGGCAAAGACUAUGGCUCUGGAAACUCCAGGGACUGGGUGGCUAAAGGACCGUACCUACUGGGGGUCCGCGCGGUCAUCGCUGAGAGCUUCGAGAAACUACACAAGAACCAGCUGGUGGGAAUGGGCAUAAUGCCGCUCCAGUUUUUGUCCGGCCAAAACGCCGACACGCUAGAGCUAAGCGGGAAGGAGAAGUUCAGCGUCACCCUACCAGAGAGCCUGAGUCCAAGGCUGCAGCUCACUGUCAAGACCAGCAAAGGAACAUCGUUCUGCGUCACGGCGGUGUUCGACUCUGAAAUGGAGGUUAUGGUUUUCCAGCACGGGGGGCUCCUUAGGUAUGUCGCUCGGACUGUGGUGAAAAACAGCCUGCGACCCGGACCCGACGCCACCGAAUUCGCUCCGUGAACUGCACCCUUCUUCAUUUUAACUCCUCAUGCUCCCUGCAACAACAAGGAGGCAGUUCUGUGUUUCAAGAUUAACAUCCUUUGACUUUUGGAACGGCCAUUUUUAAAACCUGUAACGUGAGCAUCUUUUAAGUUAAUGCACAAAUGCUUCAGCUUUGACAACGUUUCAGCUCACAGUAUAAACCCAAGAAGAAGAAGUAAUUGCAUUCACUCUGCUUGGAGACUGCACUGCCUGUAGAUAUGGUGUUUUGUGUUUCAUUGCUGGAGGACUCACAAGUUUUUCUUUUACUGUUGAGUUCAAACAAGUCCGUGUUCUUGUUGUCAACGUUGCUUUGGAAAGCUGAGAUGGAGCACUGCAUUACAACCUCUUCUCCAAAUUUCAAACCCAGGUUUUGUGAAUUUCUGAAUUCUGCUUGAGUUUUAGGUUUUCAUUGGGGCAGAACCAUCUUACAUGGGUGUUAAUGUUUCUUUCUUUGGGCCCUUUUCAGAAAACAACAUCAUGUUCUGAUAAAAUCACUUAUGUGACCUGCUGUGAAAUGUGACCACAGUUGCAUGUUGCGUGUGUCAUUCCUGGUCCUUGUAAACCUGACACUCUUUCAGUGCCUGUUAGAAUCGUUUAGGUUUGAGUGAUUUAUGUGAACCAUUAUUUUUCCAUGGUGGACUGAUGAUGCAGCAAACAACCCAGUUGACGUAUUUUGAAAGAAGGGUCAAAAUUAUACAUUCAUGCUGAAACAUACUCGUACAUGUACUAAUAUUGUGUUAAAGGUCCCUUAGGAAGUUGCAAUCCUAUCACAAGCUUUUUGUAGUAAUCACCAAGCAUCUGGCAUCAUUCUGACCAGAUUUUUAAAGUAAAGCCCAUAAAUCUUCAACAAGGUUGAUGCCGGGGCCAUUUUGGUGAUUCAUGUUGCUGUUCUUUGUCCAAUCCAAGACCAGUUUUAAUGUGAGCUUGGGAUUGUUUUCCAGUUGUACCACCAGUUUGUGUACUGUUACCCUCCGAUUAAAGGAAAUUAGCUGGGAUGUUCACAGACAACCCAGGAAACCCCCAAAGCUCAAACCAGCCACUUACUGGAAGAUGCUACAACUUUAGCUUCACUGUCCAAACUAAAGUGAAUUUCCUUCGAAUAAGAAUUUGUAAGCCAGUAAAAAAGCCCCUGUUCUAAAAUGGACACCUUGAAGAUGGACUCAAAUUUGCAACUGCCCACACGGACCACCCCAGUGCUUUUAAGUCAAAGGUUAAUCUGACCAUAAAACCUAUUUGGUAUUAGCUUAAAUUUAAAUAUUUAAAGAUGUAUGAUAUAUUAUCAGUCCACCCCAAAAAAAAAAUGGUAGAUAUAAAUGAUUUAAAUCCUAGGAUAAUGAUGUUCAUGUUAGGAGUAUGUAAACCUCUGACUUGUGCUGAUCAGGAGGGAGUUAAAAGAGCUCUCUCUUCAGCUGUCCUACCUGUUGGUGCUAACCAGAUCCGCUGGCUCUCACUUUAUUCUCUGUACACACCACCGCCAUGGGUUUCAUCAAACUCUCAGUAAUCACACAAAUGUCUCCCAAAUCCCACACAAUUCAUUAAAAGUCAUCAUAAUGACUGA